AUGGCAGGAAGCUUUGCGUGGAGUGAACGGAUCGAGCCGGGCUCCGUCAACCUCCCCCCCCGCGAGUAUCCCCCAUCCGUUCGCUCGACAUCGGUUGAUGCGGGGAAGGCUGCGGCAGAUGUCAUCAACGACUUCAACGCGGCACUGAGGUCCAAGGACUACCACAAACUCGCACAACUCUUCGUCUCGGACGGCUACUGGAGGGACCACCUAGCCCUAUCAUGGGACCUCCGCACCCUCAAGGGCAGGGACAAGAUCCAGAGCUUCCUGAGCGAGGCCUGCCGACUGAAGGAGGUGCAAAUUGACACCUCCACCACGCAUCGAGCACCUCACUUUGCGCCCCUUGAUGCCCACGGAAAGGUGCAAUGCCUGCAGUUCUUCCUCAAAGUGAGCACGGAUGUCGGCCCGGGCGAGGGUGUCGUGCGCAUGGUCGAGUCCGGUGACAGGUGGGAGAUCUUCACCUUCUUCACGACUUUGCGCGAAAUCGCAGGCCAUGAGGAGCCAACGCGGCACCGACGCGAGAAGGGAGUUGAUCACGUCCAGAAACGAGAGAGCAAGAACUGGAAGGAGAAGAGGGAUGAUAGCGUCAACUACGUGGACAGCGAGCCCACGGUCGUGAUUGUUGGUGCCGGCCAAGCUGGUCUCACGAUCGCCGCACGAUUGAAGAUGCUCAAGGUCAACGCCCUUGUAGUAGAUAAGCAUCAGCGCAUUGGCGACUCCUGGCGCAAGCGGUAUCACCAACUCGUCCUCCACGAUCCCGUUUGGUACGAUCACCUGCCGUACAUCAACUUCCCAAGCCAUUGGCCCGUCUUUACACCGAAAGACAAGAUGGGGGACUUCUUCGAGGCGUACGCUAGCCUUCUCGAGCUCAACGUCUGGAUGUCGACGACGCUCACAAAGUCGUCGUGGGAUGAUUCCAAGAGACAGUGGACAGUCACCCUCGAUAGGCAAAAGCCCGACGGAUCCAGAGAGACCCGAACUUUGCACCCUCGCCACGUCAUCCAAGCUACGGGUCACUCUGGCAAGAUGUUCUUCCCCAACAUCAAGGGGAUGGACAAGUUCAAGGGCGACCGCCUUUGCCACAGCUCCGAGUUCCCAGGAGCGAGGCCCAACUCCAAUGGCAAGAAGGCCAUCGUCGUUGGUUCGUGCAACUCGGGCCAUGAUAUCGCGCAGGAUUUCUACGAGCAAGGGUACGACGUCACCAUGGUACAGCGCAGCUCGACAUCCGUCGUCUCCUCAAGCUCCAUCACAGACAUUGGCCUCAAAGGCCUCUAUGACGAAGACUCCCCCCCAGUCGACGAUGCAGACCUCUGGCUGUGGAGCUUACCUGCCGAGCUGUUCAAGUCGCUCCAGGUCGGCACUACGGAAAUCCAAAACGCCAACGACGCCGAGCUUCUCUCGGGCCUCCAGAAAGCCGGGUUUAACCUGGACAUGGGACCCAGCGGCGGCGGCUUCUUCGUCAAGUAUUUCCAGCGUGGCGGUGGCUACUAUAUUGACGUUGGGUGCAGCCAGCUCAUCAUCGAUGGCGAGAUCAAGGUCAAGAGCGGGCAGGAGAUUGCAGAGGUUCUCCCGAACGGCCUCCGGUUCGCAGACGGCUCGGAGCUGCCGGGCGACGAAAUCAUCUUCGCGACGGGAUACCAAAACAUGCGCACCGAGGCGCGCAACAUCUUUGGCGACGAACUCGCUGAUCGCGUCGGCGAUGUGUGGGGGUGGGACGAGGAGGGCGAGUUCAGGACCAUGUGGCGUCCCACUGGGCACCCCGGCUUCUGGUUCAUGGGGGGCAAUCUCGCGAUAUGCCGGUAUUACUCCAAGAUUCUGGCGUUGCAGAUCAAAGCGGUGGAAGAGGGCAUCGACCAGAACAAGAGCCAGACCAAGACAUUGGGAACGGCGGGAGGCGUUUCCAAGCUGUGA